ACCUGAAGAAAAGAGGGUUUCAUGCCACAUGCACAGUGCGUCAAAACAGGCGGCGGGAGUGUCCAACCCUUACUAAAAAACAGUUCGAGAAGAAAGGUAGGGGAUCAUACGACUAUAGGUCGGCCGAAGGGGUCUUGGUUUGUUCUUGGUAUGACAACAAGGAUCGUGAAUGUUGCUUUAACAACUUGCUCUGUCAAACCAACUGCAGAAGUCCGACCAGUAUGAAAAGAACAACGAAUGCCUAUGUUGCAUAUCGAGUGCCCUGCCUUAUCAAAGCAUACAACGAAUGCAUGGGGGGUGUUGACAAGUGCGACAUGAUGCUUUCCUUGUACGCAUCAAAAUGUCGAGCAGAAAAUGGUACAGGCGCCUGA